GCGGCCCACUAUAAUACCAUGGUGACAACUGACAAGUAGUAAAAUCCACUGAAAAAGGUUUCAUGCAUUGUCUGUAAUGGCUUUGUUAACGUCAGUUUGAGGAUUGUUAUAGUUGAUUGUAGCAAAGUUUUGAACAAAUUCAGAUACAAAAAUGAAAAAUACCGUUAGUAACGAGAAUCAGGCAAUGAUAAAACGUUUCGUGGAACGAAGUUGGCAGUUAAGCAAAUGUAAAAAAUGCAACAGUUUACUUCAUGACCCUGUGAAAGCUAUGUGUGGGCAUUUAUUUUGUCGAACUUGCAUUUUUGUGAAAGUUCACCACCAUACAAAUUAUACAGAGACUCAGUCAGACUGUAUUGUUUGCCAAGAUGUAGACUCAAACAGGGAUAUUGAAGAGGUCAGUUUGAAGAUUAGCAGACUCUCUUCUUGUCUUCUUCAGUUUGUGAAAGACUUUUGCUCUGAGGGAGGCGUCACAGUUGCUAGUUCAAUUGGCCCAAAACAGAGCUCAGAAACAAAGCUGUUAAUCCUAACUGAAGAAAAUCUAUAUUCUCAAGAAGUGAAUCUGGCAAUGGAAUCUGAAACUUGCAGUGGCCCUAUACUAAUAUCUGGCCUACCAUCCCCUCGGCUAACUAGCCAUAGAACUCUGCAACCAACACAGAAAGUUGAUCAAUGGCUGAUGACUUAUUCAGAUGAAGGUCCAUCAACCAUGCACAAGGAGGAAGAGUGUGAAAAUAGCGUUAGCGUUAAAAACUCUGAAACCCUUUCUUCUCAGUCGCUGAAAGUUUCGUCGCCGUAUUUGACCUCUUCGUCAAACGGUAAAGAGCUGUCAUACGACAUUGUUUCAGCACCCAGUCCACCACCGCCGCCAGGCGAGGACAUAGAUCAUCAGAUUAAACGGGGACGACCACGACGUGGGAGAGGUCGUCCAAGGAAAAAUGCCUUGCCAAUUAGUUCGGGUGAAAAUUUCGCGAAAAAACGUGAGCGUUCGAAUAGCAUUACACCAGAACUAAAAGUGUCUGGUAUCAAAACACCUAUUUCACAUACAAACAUUUCCGAAGAUAUAGAUGAAGCUAUUGCAUCCAAGUCCACGAAAACCAUCACUACUAAAAUGCAUUCCUUUAUGUUUCCCUUAUCAAAAAAUAACCGUUUUCACCUACCCAAAGGUUUAGUUCAAAAUGAAAUAAAUAUGACGCAAGACGAAACAAGACAAGUACUUGUCGAUACCGGCGUUUCGUCAAAUAAAGAAGUGUUUGAGAAACAGGCAGAUAGUUUCGGUCGAGAAUGUACCGAUGGUGAACAUUCUGUAAACCAUCAUACAGAUACCGAGUGUUCUACAGCAAACCGUGAAGAUACACAAACUCCGGAAUCAUUUACAUCGAAUGGAUUAAACCUUCAACUACUGCCUUUAACAAGUACUUCGAGCCCUCAGCCUGAAAAAUCCAGUCUGGCUCAACCGAUAGCCCAUCAUCUGACACCAGUUUCUCGUCCUAAAACGCAAAACCAUACAACUUCUGCAACAAAUAACCGUGACAUAUUUGCCGAUAAAUUACGGAAUCACGCGUCGUCUCUCGUAUCUAUUGGUAAACGGCGUACUGUGAAUUUUUUUUAUAAAGGCCGUGUCACCCCUAGGAUAUCAAUUCAUUCAUUUGAAAGACAACCGAUUAUCUUUACCCGUUUGGGGAAAUUGGGCCCUAUUCUUGACAAGACGACAGCAUACUUACCGUUUUCAUAUGGUUCGCGUGUUGACUCACAGAAAAUGACCUAUGCUCAGAAUACCCAAACCUCUUGCUCAACAUUCGUCUCACUAGCUUCAGUUGCGACUCAGACAGAAGCGAUUGAAGCUCCAUGUAUGACUACGGAAGUGCAAUCACAAUUUAGCCUGAGUCAACGUCAAGUAAAUGUCCUCUCGCAUAAUACGUUACACAUGGGUGAUCUACCAGUAUCGCCUGCUAAACAAGCGCGGAACGAAGAAAAUGGCGAAAAUUUUAGCAGAAGAGAGUCAGAUGAAUGCAGUGAAAAUAUGUUCGCCGAGGCAUUUAAGCGGACCAAAAGUUUGUCUUUGAGUGAUAAUGAAAAUGAGAUGGCGGAACGAAAACGGAGAAAAGUCUCGUCGCUAGAUAUUGUCAAUUCAGUUCCAGUUUCGUUAAUGCCAUUAUCUGUGGAACCAAGUCCUAGACUAGCGAAUGAAGUGCAUCGAGAAUUACAUGAAUUGAAUACGGACGAAGUUGCAGCCUGCAAAACUGUGGUGAUGGAAAGUGAUCCAGAUUCGGACGAAGAGGAUAUUCUUACAUCUACUCCUCCACGCCCAGCUCCUCCAAAUCGAACCCCGUGCAAACGCAUGGUUUUUACGUGUUCUGGGAUUCCGCGGCCACAGGUCAAAUUGAUUGAACAUUGGGCUCAAAGGAUUGGGGCCGAAGUAUCGCAAACGUAUAACUCUUCUGUUACGCAUGUGAUUGUUUAUCUGGACGACGAAAACUGUGCACAGCGAACUCUGAAAUUCUUAUAUGGCGUCGCUAGCGGUAUUUGGAUUGUAGGAGUCGACUGGGUUCAUAAGUGUAUCCGCGAGAAUAGAGUGUUAGAUGAAGAACCAUUUGAAGCACUGGAUAUGGAUGGAGAAGAUGGUCCUCGCCGAGCCAGACAGACUAGUCAAAAGGAAAAGUUGUUCGAAGCUUUCGAGUUUUGCUGCCAAGGGCCCUUUACUGACGUGACGGUUGAUCAGCUCAAUCAGUUGUUACAUUUAUGUGGUGCAGCCACGGCGCCUAGUCCAUCGCAACUAACAAAAAGACGGCGAUAUACGAUGAUUGUCAUCCAGACCGAGGAUGACGUCAACUUGGAAAUUGAACGUACAGCGGUCGACUGGUUCAACAGGCACAAAGUAGUUAGCGUUUCCCGCGAAUGGGUUUUAGAUUGCUUGGCCGCCUAUCAACUUCUUCCAGUACUCAACCAAUUCAUAGGUAAAUAUUCCGUUUCAGUGCUGAAGUUGAUGGGAUUUGAUGCACGCCUUGGGGUAUAAUGACCAUUUUUCUGUCCCGAUGCUCAGCAUCAUUUAAGUAGUCCAUCAAGCAGAUAAAGUGUGUCAUUUUUUUUUUUUUUUCUUUAGAAGGGAAGCUUUUUUUUUUGGAAUCCUUGUACUUUUUUUUUGGAUUUUUCCAAGUUUUAUUAAAUAAAUUGAAAUUCUUCCUCGUU